GGUGUUUACGCUUACAGUUAGCGUGUAAGCUAAUGUUGACAGUUAUUUGACAACGUUCUUCCACCCAAACUAACGCACUUUCAAGCGAAAUGGAGACAAAGGGACCGUCACUUCAUGUGCAGGCAGGCCCCUCAGGGGAUGUAACACAGAGCGUGGAUGAGGAGUCCAGGGUGGAUGAACCUCUGAUCUCUGCUGACGACCUUGACUCUGCUAUUACGGAGAAGUUUCUGGUUCUGCCAACACUCUACCAAGCUGCCCUGCUGUCCCUGCUGCAGGUUAUUUUUGUGGUGUUGUCACUGUGUGUGGCAUUGCUUUGUUUGUUGAGAUUUGACCAAGAGGCAGUGUGCAAAAGCGUCUUCGGUAGUGUGAAAGAGGAGAGUGCCAUUGUGUUUGGGAAGGUGUGUUUGUGGUUGUUGCUGCUGUUGUUCACUUGGAGCAUGAAGCACCAUCACAGUCGGGCCAGGAGCCAGGGAUACCUGUCUGUCUACAGACGGAUGCAGCAUCUAAAGCACCUGCCGCUCACCAUCCACUCCACAGGAAAUGUGUUGCUGCUACUUUCUCUGGUUUCUGGACUGUCGCAGACGGUCUUUGUCUACAUACUCAUAAGUGUUUUGUGUGUGGAACUCUUGGUGACAUUGCUGUUCCUAAUUCAUUACAUUGUCAGGGUGAUGCAGUUCAACAGCGCCAAGCCUGCUCCAGACGUGAUCCAAGAAGUGCGUUUAUACGGCGGCAGUAGCACAGUCACGCCCACUGAGACUGGCUUCAGGGGCGGUUCCCGGCUGGAGGAGGUGGUGAACAAGCAGGCCGACCUCAUAGAAUACCUGAAAGACCACAAUGCCUUACUGAGCAAAAGGCUGCUGAACCUCAGCGCUCAGUAGCACUGAGCUCCAGCGUCUGCCUGUCUGCGCUCUGAUCCCUCACACUCUGCAGAACCAGUGGACUUCUGGAACAAAGAAACCCGAUCCCUUUAACAUCCAGAACUGCACAACAACAAAAAGAGAUGGGAUCUGUGGAUUUGAAGGAAAGGAUUGUGCAGUGAAGAAAUGCUAGAGAUAAAACUGAUGGUAUCUUCGGUUUAUUUGCGUGCAUGUGCACCUGUCCACGUAGAAACUGCAGAGCUUCACUCUCUGUGGCAUCCUUACCUGAUUCCACAGAUAAUGGCAAGUGUGAGAUGAGCUGAAAGUGGAGCGGGCUUAAAGAGGAGGUGGCAGGAGGAGAAGUCAUGGGUCACAGAUCAGAGGUGAGGGCUUUCUUUUUUUCUUCUUCUUCUUUUUAUUAUUGUCGACCCAUGUUGACCCUUGUAUAUGGGCGCUUGUGGUACAGAGAGACCAAGAGACGCUGAAAAUUUGUUUUAGAGAUCAUCUCUGGUCAGGAGGAGCUCUGAGGGCAGCAGAGGUGAUCAUAAGGUCAGAUAACACUGAAGUAGCUGUAAAGUGCCAUUUUUAUCCACUCUUACAAGGUGAAGGCUUUAAAAUGGUGUGGUGGUUGUUCUGUUAUUUUGUUGCUGUUUUUUUGUAUUUGCACUAACUGAGGGUUGUGUAUUUGUGAUCAAAUGCCAAUAAAUCUUUUAUAUUCUC